AUGAACGGUAAUAACGGUAAACUCGAUGAGCUGAAGUCGAAUAAGUCGUCUAAAGUAACCGAUCAAGGCCUUUCUAUUGACCCCGAGGUUGCAACCUUCACGCCAGCAGGAGGGAAAUCGGAGCAUAUGUUGGUCAAUCUCAGCAAUAACCACCUCGCGGUCAAGGUACGUUGUAGCAACAACAAUUUAUAUCGCGUACACCCAGUGUAUCAAGUGAUAGAAAUGGGACAAUGCAAGAGUUUGAUAGUCACUCGUCAUCUAGGCCCAGCCCGUUGCGAUCGGUUAGUCAUUCAAUAUUUGCCUACUACUGAUCUAAAGUGCAAUUUAAUACAAUUUUUCAAAGACGCCGUCAAAAAAGGCGUCAAGAUCAACAUGAUUAAAGUGAUGCUUAAGAUGAAGGAGGAAAACAAUUUCUCGAGGGAUCAUACGUAUUUAUGA